ACUCAUUUUUAGAAUUUAAUUCAUUAUUAGGUCUUUUUUUAAAGAAUUUUUUUUUCAAUUUAAUUUUUGUUUGUUUCAAAUAGAUUUUUAGAAUCGUCGAUAGCUGCUUUUUAGAAAAAUGUCUGUCAAUUAUGCUAGUGGACUUUCCGAAUAUAAAAAUAAAGGAACCUGUGGUACCAAAGAGUUGAUCGACAGCGAUAAAAAAUUGGCUCGAAAUAUUAAAAUCUUAGCCGAAUGGAUUCGUAAAUCAAAACAUUGUGUAAUAUAUUGUGGUGCUGGAAUUAGUACGGCUGCUGGUAUUCCCGAUUUUCGUGGACCGAAUGGUGUGUGGACAUUGGAAAAACGUGGCCAAAAACCGGAUGAAUCAAAAAUGAAAUCGUUCGAUCAAUGUAUUCCAACAUUUACACAUCUUGCUAUUAUUACAAUGAUCAACAAAGGCUUGGUAAAACAUGUUGUCAGCCAAAAUAUCGAUGGAUUAUUUUUAAAAGCUAAUAUUGAUCGUGAAAAUCUAUCCGAAUUACAUGGAAACUAUUUCGUUGAUGAAUGUAUCGAUUGUCAUAGUCGUUUUAUUCGCCAUCGUCCAAGUCCGACAAUGGGCUGUAAAUUUACUGGUGAUAAAUGUGCUAAAUGCGAUGGCCCAAUACAUGAUACAAUUUUGGAUUGGGAACAAGAACUCCCUGAUAAUGAAUUCGAUCGUGCACAAAUCGAAUCUGAAAAAUGUGAUCUGGCUAUAUGUUUAGGCACAUCAUUACAAAUUGAACCAGCCAAUUUAUUGCCUUUAGAAGUGCUUAAAAAAUCCGAUAAUCAACAUGAAAACACUGAUGAUCACUUGAAUAAAUUGGUCAUUAUUAAUCUUCAACGAACAAAAUUCGAUCGUCAUGCUGAUCUUAUCAUACAUCAUUAUGUUGAUAAAGUAAUGGAAUUAAUUUGCCAACAUUUAAUGAUUCAAAUUUCUCCAUAUGAAUCAGCAUUAGAUCCAACAAAAUCUGGUCAUGAUCUCAUACCAUGGAAUCGUAAUGAUUUCAGACCAACAAUAAAAUCUAGGAAAGAAUCAUUGUAAAUAUUUUUAUUUAAAUAAAAUCAAAAUUCAUCAAUUUCUAUAUUCAA